AUGAAAGCUGAUUUGACUGAGGAAGAUGUUGUGAAGCUAAGGGCCAGGAACCAGCGCUCGCUCAUGGACUACCGUCGCAACUCCCUGCUGCCCUUCCAGUGGAGAAUCACACACAGCACCCGCUGGAUGGCCCAGGUGGUGGCCUCGGAGUUCAGCCUGGUGGCCUUCAUGGUGCUUCUGGUCAUGGUCUUCUCCAAGAAAUGGCUGUACCCCUCCAAGAGUCGCUUCCAUCAGCGCUUCCCCAAAAACGUCACCAACAAAAUUUACACCUCCAUUCACACCAUGUCCACGGGGCCCCUGUACGUGUGCAUAUCUAAAAGCUGCUCCGAGGACGAUAAAGUCGCCUUCAUUUUCCUCACCCUCAUGCUGUUCCCCGUUAACCUCUGGAUCUACGAGCUGAAGAAGAACAUCUCCGUCCCUGUUGGCUGGAGCUAUUUCAUUGGUUGGCUGGUGUUCAUCCUGUAUUUCACUUGUGGGGUCCUCUGCUACCUCAAUUAUAAAAACUUCUGGAGCCUGAUUGCGAGCUGCUCCUCGCCCAAGGGUGCUUGCAACAAUGGAGUGGAAAAGUCUCUGAUGGGUACCUGCCAGACCUCCUGCGCCCAGGAGGACAGCCUAGACCCUGCUAAGCAAAACGAUGAGCAACCGGCAUCCUCCCCAGCAACCGACAGCUACAUCUGUCCUUGUCAUGACAAAAAAUGA